CAUAAGGAAGGGGGAAAAAAAUCCCCAAGUGUUAUCUUCCCUGCAGGGUAGAAAUUUUACUGUACAAUGUGAAAACUUCACUUUCAAACAGCCGCCCUCUAUAGUGUUUCACAGAACUUCCCUCUGGCAGAUUAACAACGAAAUGAAACGCAGAAAGAUUGCCAUCGCAGCUGGGCUCUGCUGUUCAUUCUUCCUGGGCACUUUGCUGAAUUUGUUAUUUAUCCCUGGGUUUGACCAUCACCAUCAGCAACAGAAGCAUCAACGUUUUGAGAGCCCAGCGCAGGAUCGCCUCAGCAUCGACCCGUCUGUAUUUUUCAACCGGGUGACCGACCAGGACCUGUUGAAGCAGUUGAGAGAAAGGUACGAGGAGGUUGUCCGCUAUCGGCAGCAGUCAGGCUCUUCGGCGGCUGCAGGGAGGCUCGCCAGACCGCUGGAAAGGCGCUUGAUGGACCUAGCCCAGAACAGCUCUCCUGAUCAACUGCAAGCCCAGCAUCAGCAACAGCAGCAACAGAGAAGCCCCGGCUUGCAAAGGCAUAAACCAUUAACUGUGGCAGGAGAAAACACCUUCGUCUCCAGCAGCCCAACGAGUGCAUUUCGGUUCCAUUUGCUCUCCCUGGGCUGUCCGGAUAUCAAUAACGCGAGCAGUGUCCAUUACUUGGGCUCUGGAUACACAAAAGCGGUGUACAAAGCGGUCCUGAACGAAACGCUGGCAGUGGCCUUAAAGUCGGUGGACUUUGGAGGACACGACAUGGAAAACUGUGUCAAACAAUACGGGACACUGGAAGAUUGCUACAGACUGGCGUCGUGCAAACUUGUCAAAGAGAUGACACUUUUACAACGAUUGCAGCACCCUAACAUUCUUAAGCUAUAUGGUUAUUGUUAUCAGGACAGCAAUGAUAUUGCAGACACACUGACCACUAUCACAGAGCUUGGAUCUCCAUUAGAGAUGAUUCAGCUUCUGCAGACUUCAUGGGAAGAGAGAUUCCGAAUAUGUUUGAGUUUGAUACGCUUAUUACACUAUUUGGCCCAUUCGCCUCUUGGCUCAGUGACAUUGUUGGACUUCCGUCCUCGUCAAUUUGUUAUUGUGGAUGGUGAACUAAAAGUGACAGAUUUGGAUGAUGCUAGCAUCAAUGAAACACCCUGCUCAAGCAACAGUGAUUGUUUUAUGGAGUUUCCCGCUCGAAAUUUCACCUUAAUCUGUUCCAUGGAGGGCAGAUGUCAAAGCAUGAACGAGAUGCGGAAUCUCUACAACGCGUAUAGGUUCUUCUUUACCUAUCUCUUGCCACACAGUGCCCCAUCAAGUCUACGGUCAUUGCUGGAUACUGUAGUGAAUGCUACAGGGGAGUUGCGCUGGGGAAUAGACGAGACACUGACUCAGCUAGAGGAGGUUCUGUACCUGUUCAAGAGUGGCUUAUAUCUGCAGAACGUCACAAGAAGCCGAACCUCGGAAUACAAACAAUUAGCCAAUGUUGUUGUACCAGAUGAAAACUAUAGGUGUUGGCCAUCUUACCACCACGAAGGCUGCCUGCUGUCCGUCUAUGAUCUUAAUGAGGCCAUGGAGAUAUGUGACAAUCAUUCCCAGUGCCAUGCUUUUGUUCUAACCAAUCAGACAACUUGGACAGGACGGCAUCUUGUUUUCUUCAAAACCAGCUCGAAUCGCAUGGUUCCUGCUGCAGAGAAGAUAACAUUUGUGAAAGUGACAGGCUGAGCACCAGAUGAGCUUUGGACAUUCAAGAGCACAAGCGAUCCGGAAUAAAAAGCAAGGCCCGCUGUGGGAUUAAGUGCCCCUGCACUGCUGCUUGUGUGUUUUUCUCACUAAAGUGUCAUGAGAUGGGACGAAAGAGAGGUGAUCAGGAUCACCUGGAAAACGUGCAAUAUUGCGAGGGUGGGGAAAGUGAACUGAAGAAAAAAUCCACACGUGGAUGUGGCUUUCUAAUGCAAGGUCGCUGUCAUUUUGUUUAGACAUUAUUCGGUCUGGAAAUCCCCUCCACUUCUCUUGUCACUGAGCAAGCAAUAAAACCAUCUCAGGAUGCUGCAUGAAAUAGGCCAACCUAUAAGGCAUUGCUUAAAGUAGAUGAAGAGGCCAUUUUGAAAAUGUUAAUGUAUGACUAAUAACAAUUUUCCAUAUGUCAGGAUACAGAAAUGAAUUCAGUCACACUGAGCUCCUGGCAUUUUCAAUAUUGGAAUGUAACAAGAGCGUUUUAUUUGCCCUCGUUUUUAUUUCCUUUGUAUUGUCUAUCCUUCCCCUAUGCUACUUGCUACACAGUUGCUUCCUGCAGAGUUGUUCUCAGAUUUCCAUUGAUGCUAUUCCUCAUAGUGGAUAGAGGAAUGUAUGUGGGCAAUGGGGAAGUGGACCCUCCAUUCCAAAUUGUCCCCCCCAAAAUCUCAGGGAAUCUCAGGUUUGAAAUCUAUCCCUCGGAGAUAGGCCCUUGGAAUAUUAACACGUUCAGAUGAAAUUCUUUUUUCUGCUAUGUUAACUGGCAUUAACCAGUUUCUUCUAAUACUCCUCAUAUCUAAUUCCAAGGCACGACUUUUGCCAUUCACUUCACUAACCUGUUACCUAAUAACACAAGUCUUUCGUUAUUUUGACAGUACCAAUGUUUAUCAGUUCAGUGCUGUUCAGUAACAUGAGCAGAGAAGGGGAACCGAAAAAUGUGAGAAAAUUAAAGCAAUAGUAUACACCAAGAACAAGUGGCAACUGAUCAGGUGUAUUUUAAAAUUUAUUUUCUUUUGAUGGACAAAGUUUGUCUUGCUUAUUUGCUUUCAGUGAAAGUAUUAUUGAUGCAUUGACAUCUGUCAUGAUCCUUUCUGGCUCCAACAGGUCAUUUUCUAACUUUGCAUUUCAGUGAGGGAAUAUUGCCCAGCAGAGCUCAUAUUGGAAAUUGAGGUGUGCCCUGUGCAUGGUUUUCUGGUUAUUGUUUUAAGGCAUCAUAGAAAUCAUGCCUGACUUUCUGAUAUGGGUGAAGCUUUCCACUGAGAGCAUAAAGUCAGAAAAUCACCUCUAAUAUUUUUUUAAAUGUGAUAUACAUAUUUUUAGUAAACAUUUAUUUAUUUUUUUGUAUUAAAACAGCAUUAAACU